AUGCAAAUCACAUCGCCUGAUAGGCGUUUCCCUAUUGGCUUCAACACAUCUGACUCUCAAAAGUUGUCUAUUGUUGCCACUCUUGUCACAAGCAGCACUGCAUUCCGACAUUUCUCCGCAAACAACUCUCCAUUUCCCAUCAGAAGCUCUCCCGGCUUUACUUCUGGACCAAAAUUUAACUUUCCAAGAUCAACAUAUCCUGAUAUCAACCGCUAUGCCAGUCACAAGGCCCUUAUUGGAAGAAAGUUGUUGCAAGAGAACCUUCAGUUUCUUCAUAAGACCGUGGGGUCUCGUCACAUGGAAAUGUUGAAGGUCAAUCUUUCCGACGGUAUUGAUCCUCAGACGUACUCAACUAGCAAUCUUAGACGAGAGAUGAGAUGGCUUCAAAUGAGACUAGGAGAAUCUUUUCCAAAACUCUGCAACUUUAUGCUCAACCUGACAAAGGAGGUAGCUUGUGCUAAACCACGAUACAUUUCGUCUCUAGCCAAUCAAAAGAAUCCUCUGUCAGCUAGCGAAUGGAUCGAUCUAAAGACAUUUGCUGCAAUGCUGGUUUACGGAGAGCAAAUGAUCAGGCAAGGAAAACUGAUGGAGACGUAGAGAGACCUGCAAACUUGCUGAGCUGCUUAACUGUUAGAUUUUUUGCUCUAGAAAACUAUGUAUAUGUGAAUGAAUAGCUGCUGAUAGCUUUCCUAUAGAUUAUAACUUAAUUAAUAAAUCUAAGAAA